AUGCCUCGUCGAACAAGAGCAGAACUGGUAGAGGUCGAUACAGACUCUCUCAAGGAGAACUCUGCUCUUCCGAAUGGCGUCAAGGACGAAUCCGUCAAAAAGGAGAAAGUAAAGGAUGAGAAAGGGAAAGGCAAGGCAAAGCGUGUCGAGCCUGAACCUACGGACGAAGAACUAGAUCAGACUCAGGCUGGUGACGAUGCCGAUGCCGACGCUGACGGCGAUGCUGACGGUGAUCCUGAGAACAUGGACGGAUCUCCCAGAAGCCGCAAGCGCACUCGUGUCAAUGCAGAAGGCGACUUUGUUCCCUCCACCCCGAAGAGGGAGCAAGUAGCGACUCUUCCUCGCGAUGACGAUGGCUUCAUCCCCGGCUCUAUCGUGCGCAUUCAGUUGCACAACUUCCUUACGUAUGAUUGGGUGGAGUUCCGACCCGGUCCUUACCUCAACAUGAUACUCGGACCCAACGGCACUGGUAAAAGCAGCAUUGCUUGCGCAAUUUGUCUCGGACUCAACUGGUCUCCGAGUAUUCUUGGUCGCGCAAAUGAGAUUUCUAGCUUUGUCAAGCAUGGCAAAGACAGUGGCUAUAUCGAAAUUGAACUUAAGGGUGCAAAGGGUCAAAAGAACCUCGUGAUCCGACGCAACUUGAGCGCCAAGUCCAAAGGGUCGACUCUGACUCUCAACGGGCAAUCUUGUACUGGGAAAGAGAUUACUAACCGCAUGGCGAAACUCAAUGUUCAAGUCGGAAACUUAUGUUCAUUCUUGCCUCAGGAUAAAGUCUCCGAGUUUGCGCAAAUGACUCCGCAACAGUUGCUUAGAGAGACGCAACGUGCCGCGGGGGAUGUUAAUUUGUCAAAUUGGCAUGACACAUUGAUUACCGCCGGCAAGGAGCUUAAGAACCUUCAAGAUAAAUCCAAUGAUGAGCAAGAGCGGUUGAAGACGAUGCAAGAGCGUAAUGGUCAACUUGAGCGAGACGUUCAACGUUAUCAAGAGCGCAAGCGUAUCGAGAAGGAUAUAGCUGUCUUAGAAGUGUUGAUUCCUGUUAACGAGUACCAUGAAGCUAAGGAGCGCUAUCAGAAAGCAAAAGAUCGCCAGCGGGAGUUGCAUGCCCGGGUACGGAAAUUGAAAGAUAGGAACGCACCUGCGCAUGCCAAGCUAGAGCAGCUCGCAGCUCAGCACAAGGAAUAUGAGAAAGCACGUGAGAAAAAGAAGGCUGCAUCUCGCCAGAAGUUUCAGCAGAUGAAGAGUAAAUGGACCGAGAACGACAAGCUUGAACGUGACGCCGAAGACGUUACGAACAGACUUGAUGGUCUCAAACGGGCCGAGAAGGAGCGCAUUAAGAAGAUCAAAGAAAUCCAAGGGCACAAUGAGAAAUGGCAGAAUGAGCUUGACAACCCGCCUAAACUAGAAGACGUAGAGGCCAUCAAUGCUGAGAUGAGGAAAGUCAACCGAGAGCACAACCAAACUACGACACGGAUGGAGGACUUACAGGAGCGACAAAGGAAGAAUGUUGACUCCUCAGCCUCCCAACAGGCAAAUAUCAGUGGUGCAUUUGACCAGCUGAAAAACCUUGAAGACGAGCGCCAUCGUAAACUCGAGAAAUUGCGAGGCUGGGAUCGAGAUAUGGCCGAUGCAGUUGUGUGGCUUCGUAAUCACCAGGACAAGUUCAAGAUGGAGGUGUUUGAGCCCCCCAUGAUAUGUUGCACUGUUCCGGAUCGACGCUAUACCGAUGCCAUAGAGGCAUGCUUUAAUCAGGAUCAGCUCAAAAUUCUUGUCACGCAAUGCGAAGAAGAUUAUGCUGCCCUCAAUUUUCACUUAAAUGACAGUGAGCAGGCCGGGCUCCGAAAGGGUGCGCGUAUCAACAUCUGGUUCAGGCCUAAGGUGGACCUGAGCCCUCCUCCCAUGAAUGAGGCAGAGUUGAAGGCACUUGGUUUUGAUGACUACGCAAUUAACAAGCUUGAGUGCCCCGACGGCCUUCUGUGGUUCCUCACGCGAGAAGUCAACUUACACCGCACCGCUAUUGGCUUGGACGCUUCUAAGGUUGAUGUAAAUGCUGCUAUGGAAGCUGUUUCCCGAGACGGUAGCGGGGCGAAGUUCAUCGCGGGAAGAGUGAUGAACACGGUUUCACGAUCUCGAUAUGGAAAGCGAGCAGCUGCGAACAUGACAAAGGAUCUCCGUCCAGCCCGCAAUCUUGUCAGCAGCACGAGUAAGGCUGCAGUCGACCCUGAGAUCAAGAAUAAACUCGAUCAGACUAUUCAGGAUGCAAGGCAGGCUCUUGAAGCCAUCAACGAAGAUGCGAACAACCUUGCGGCAGAGGAGCGUGAGAUUAGGGCCGAGGAAGCUCUGUUCAAGAAGACAUUUGACGCACUCGAGGCGCGCAAGAAGGUUGUCAAUAACCAGAAGAAGCAUUUGGCUACGCUCGCGGCUAAAAUCGAAACCAACAAGAACAAGCUGAGGGAUCUUGAGAACGCACCCUCCGUGGAGGAUGAACGAGCGAAGCUCAAGAAGAGGCUUUUUGAAAUAUCGAAGAAGCGCGUUAGGAUUGUGAAGGAAUACACGCAACUGAUUCGCGCUGCAAUAGCUGAUCAAGUUGAAGCAACUCGCAGUGGACUUGAAUUUCUACAGGUCGGUGCAAACAAGAACGCGCUUGAAGCCCUGUGUCAAGAGAAGGAUGAAAAGUACCAACGGGCUCUUGCCGAGUUCGAAGAAGCUGAUCAACUAUUCGUCACGACAAAGGCUGACGCGAAGAAUAAACGCGACAUCAGUCUAGAUCUUGUUCGGGGCAUGGACCAAGAAUUCCAGCAACAAUUCGCCAAGAUGGAAAUGCUUACACCCAUACAGGAUGGUUCGGUUCACGACCGGAGCGUGAAUGACCUGCGGACGGAGCUAGAUGUUCAACGCGCCAAUCUUGAUAUGAUCUCGUUAACGAACCCUGGCGUUGUGGAGCAGUAUGAGCGGCGAAAGGAUGAGAUCGAAGCCCUGACGAAAACUCUAGAAGAAAGAGAGAAGGCUACCCGCAGAGUGGAACGAGAUAUCAAGAAUGCCAGAGAUCGUUGGCAACCUGCUCUCGAACAACUGGUCGCGAGCAUCGGAAAAAAAUUCUCCGCUGCAUUUGAUCGCAUUGGUUGUGCAGGUGAAAUCCGCAUCAGCCCCCAUGACGAUUAUGACAAGUGGGCGAUCGACAUUCUCGUUAAAUUCCGUGAUAACGAGAAGUUGCAACUUCUUACGGGACAGAGGCAGUCAGGCGGCGAACGGUCACUCACCACUAUCUUAUACCUGAUGAGUUUGACUGAAGAAGCCCGAACGCCGUUCUCUCUUGUUGACGAGAUUAACCAGGGCAUGGAUCAACGCGCCGAGCGCGCGGUACACAAUUCCUUGGUCGAGGUCACAUGCAAGCCUGACAGCGCACAAUACUUCUUGAUCACCCCUAAGCUGCUUCCUGACCUAGACUAUCACGAGCGCAUGAAGAUUCUUUGUGUCAACAACGGAGAAUGGCUUCCCGAAACGCCAGGACUGGGUAAUAUGAAUCGCAUGAUAGAGACCUUUGUACAGCUGAAUCGCGAUCGUUCCUCCCGAGCUGGUUGA